AUGUCCACUCUCAGCGAGCCUGAAUGCUGCGGCCGCUCUCCGGUUGAAAUCGCACUUGUACGUGUGCACGGUUACGAUUUUUGUUCGCCUGGCGACUUGGACCCCGUUUUUCAAGAGAUGUUGAUCAUCGUACUUCGUAAUCUCUAUCUUCAGGGCACAUAUCACUACGAUGACGACGGCUUUUCGCAUCACCAUGGCACUACACGCCCAUUCAUUCCACUGCACACGAUCAUCGUUAUAUUCUUGUUCACGCAAGCUAUGCCUCGACUGCCUUCAUAUCGUCUCAGCCACGGUGUGCGUUAUCAUCCUUUCUCUAGAUGCAACCGCCCUAAGGACUCCAAGAUGAAGAGACACAUGGACACGCGCGUCCUCGAGGAUAGUUUUGACUUCAACUCGUUGCCCCGGGUAUUUCUGCGUCCUGCACGUUACGGUGAAGAUUCUGACAGCGACGUCUCGGUGCUGCAUCUCGACAUCUGUACCACAAGUCAAGCGGAUGAGAGAAUUACGAAUGAGAUAAACAGGCGACCCGGCACAGCGCUGGCAAUGGCCCCUUCUCAGAGGACAUCGUCCCAAGGCCCCUUCUCAGAGGACAUCGUAAGGCUCGCCCUUGUUAGUUGCUUUCGUGCGAUCGAAGAUGUUGAAGAUCUAGAUCUGACUGAACCACGUAGCCACUUGCAUUUUCCCCGGGCCUUCACUCUGCAUAACAAACGACUGUAUCUUGUCUUCACCGCUCACCCAUCGCGCCAGAAAUUCCGCGUAACAUUCCUUGCUUUUCUUUUGCAACAGCUUGAACCUUGCCUGGACCCAAAGAGUCCCAAACUUUCCACGAGCUUCAAAUCAAGACCAACACCCGCGCACACGCCGUCACCGACAUCAGCAUUCGCCAUGUCGAACAGCGUACAAUACUCAGUAAUCGUGCCCGCUUACAAGGAAGCAAGUAACCUGCGCCCGCUUGUGACUCGCGUCUUCGCCGCGCUGCAGCGCGACAGCUCGUCCGUGCCCGCUGAGCUCACCGAGAUCAUCAUCGUCGACGACAACUCGCGCGACGGUUCCGUCGAGGAGGUGUUCGCGCUCCAGCGAGAGGGCUACAACGUACGCAUCAUCGUGCGCACCACCGAGCGCGGUCUCAGCAGCGCGGUCGUGCGCGGAUUCCAGGAAGCGGCGGGGGACAAUUUGCUGUGCAUGGAUGCGGACUUGCAGCAUCCGCCAGAAUAUGUCCCACAGAUGCUCGCAGCACUCUCGCCUUCCAAACAGUUCGUGCUGGGCACGCGGUAUGGCGGCGGCGUGGGCGCGGUCGACGACGGCUGGCCGCUCUACCGGCGCGUCAUCUCUGGCGGUGCGCGUCUGCUAGCACUCCCGCUCACCCCCGCUAGCGACCCUAUGUCUGGGUUCUUCGGGAUCCGCAAGGAAGCAUUCCUGAAGGCGCGCAACCUGGACGCGGGCGGCUUCAAGAUCGCGCUUGACCUGCUCGUGAAGGCGCCGCUCCCGGCGACGAGCAUCGCGGAAGUGCCGUUCGCGUUCGGCCUACGCUCCGCGGGGGAGUCCAAGCUCUCAGGCAAGGUCAUGCUGCGCUACCUCCGGCAGCUCGCGGAGCUGUACUGGUUCAAGUACAGUGCGCUCGUCUUCCUGUUCUGCGUCUGCUUCCUCCUCAUGCUUGUGCUACUUGCACGGUGGAUCAUACUCGGCGGCCCGUGGGUAGAGAGCGCGCCCGUCAUGCCGGGGCAUAUUGCGGGGAGUAGGGGCAAAGCGCGUGGGCGGUGGUAG